AUGAAACGGAAAUGCAAAUGCCACGGCACUUCGGGAAGCUGCCAGCUGAAGACCUGUUGGCAGGUGACCCCUGAGUUUCGAACGAUUGGCUCCGUCCUGAAGGACAGGUUCACAGUAGCCACCCUCAUAAGGCCCCACAACAGAAACAAUGGGCAGCUGGGCCAGCUGGAGCAGACGCAGGUCCCGUAUCGGAGGCGGUCGCCCGAUUUCUGCGAGCAGGAGAUGCAUUUGGACUCGGCGGGGACGCAGGGGCGGAUAUGCAACAAAACCAGCCCGGGGAUGGACAACUGUGAGAGCCUCUGCUGUGUGGCGUGGCCACAACAUCCUGCGGCAGACGCGCAGCGAGCGCUGCAACUGCAAGUUCCACUGGUGCUGCUAUGUGGUGUGCGAGGAGUGCCGCAUCACAGAGUGGGUGAGCGUGUGUAA